AUGAGGCCUUGUGGAAUACUCAGUGGAUUUUUAUUAGUACUUUUAUGUGUAUAUUUUGUGUGCGCCGCUACCAAAGAUGAAGCGCCACCCAAAAAGAAACGAAGGGGAUGUCGUUGUUUGAAAAAAUACAUGAAUGAAGUGAAUUCUAUAGUGGAACAAAAGCUGAAAAAGUUCGAGGAAAAGUAUUUUAUUUCCGCAUUACCAGGGGCGCCGACUGGUUCCGAAAGAAUCAUGUCCAUGGCUGACCGACGUUUUGUGAAAUUAACAGCGGAUGUACAGGAAUCAAAAGAUGCCUUGGUCAAACUUAAUUUAAGUCUUCGAAAUAUGAAAGAUCAAAUGAAAAGCCAAAAGCGUGACGUAAUGGAUUUGACAAGUAACUUGGAUCAAUUGGAAGGAAUAGUGACGAAUUUGACAAGUGUGGUACACAGGAUUGAAGUGAUGCAGCCAGGCAGUGGUGACAGUUUGGGUCAAUCAUCAGACGUAGAUUUGUCAACAAGACCUCCAGGAUAUCCUAAAGUUACAUUUGGUAAGACGAAUUCUUCCCUGUCUGAGAGUGUAAAAGAAGAAGGUAGUACUGUACGAGAAGUGAGUUUCGGCAAUCAAAUAUUAGACGCUGUUCUUGGUAAAGUUUCAGUUUACCUCGGGUUAUAA